GGCAUCUCCCUCCUUGGCAAGCAUCAAGAUGUGGAGACUCCGCCAGGCUCUUCUGCUACUGCUCCUGUCCUUCUCCUUUGCCCAAACAGGUGAGUAAAAGCACCAUGGGAGAUGAUACACCAUGGCGUUUCUCCUCCCUGAAAUCUUCCUCCCAUUCAAAAGCGCAAAGGGGGUCUUCCUAGGCUCCUCUUUGCUUUCGCUUUGCUAACUUCCUUGCUAGGAAAACCAAUUGUAAGCUCAUUGGGACGGUGACCCGUCCUUUUUGCUCCCCCAAUAACUUUGGAAGUGUGGAAGACAGCCCAGAGCAUGCAAGGAGGAGGAGAAGGAGCUGAUCUCUGCAUAUGGUUCUUGCAGAUCCAUUGCGGAGUCAGAUUGUUGGGGGCCAUGAAGCCAAGCCCCACUCCAGACCCUACAUGGCUGCCUUGAAGUAUCACAAUGGGAGAUUGGGCUGUGGCGGAUUCCUCGUGGCACCCCAGUGGGUAAUGACGGCUGCGCACUGCGAGGGGUAAGUCUCACUAAUCCCUCCUUGAUUUUUAGCAGGGAUGGUCAUAGAAUCAUAGAAUUGUAUAGUUGGAAGGGACUGCAAGGGUCCUUUGGUCAGCUAAAGCAUCCAAGACAGAUGACCACCUAACCAUCAAGGUGCACAGCUGGUUGUAUGGAGGGAGCCUGGUCUUUUGCACGGGGGCCAGGAGGGGAUUGAGUCCUAGGAUCUCUGACACUAACUGAUUCUCUGUUUCCAGCAACUAUAGGGUCACCUUGGGGGCACAUAACAUCUCCAAUAAAGAACCCUCUCAGCAAGAGUUCAGGAUUGAGGCUAGCUACACACACCCAAAAUAUAAAAGAUAUAACGAAGAUAACAAACUCAUCUUAUACAACGAUAUCCGUCUGCUCAAGGUAGCUUGCUCCAAGCAAUCUCUCCUUCUAUCUUUCCCCCGAGGUCAGUGAUCUUGAAGGCAGAAGGAGCCAAGGCUCUCCUAACCAUCCCAAUGUGUGCAGCAAAAUGAACUAGAUUUUGUGCAGUUUACCCUGGCAUUGGAUGACCAAAAGUCUCUUCCGUAGCAGCCCAGAAAUCAUUAAAUUCGGAGUAGGCAGUUGCUUGUAGGAGUUUUUAUCUAAUUCUGGGAAUGUUUUUUCUAAAAGCGAUUUCAGUUGUAUUCUUUUGGUAUUGAAAUGUUUGCCAGAAAGCAGAUUUGGGAAUGCAGUGGAGAAGCCCCAUCACAUUCUCAAGACUCUUGCUGGUACAACCAUCCAGUUAAACGUGCGCCAUUAAUAUUAUCCAUACCGUAAUAUUAUCAUUCUGUAUUAUCAAUACAGUCUGCUCCUUUUUUGCCCAAGGUUCCCCAUUUUAGAGGCACCAGACUCCCCCAAGGGUUUCCUCAAGCAACACUAAACCAAUGAGCUCUCUCCCAUCUCUCCUUUCCGCAGCUGAAUUCCAAGGCUACUCUGAAUGAAUAUGUCCAGAUCCUGCGCUUGCCGAAAUUCGACCGUGACCUCUCCCAUGGGACCCCCUGCAGCGUGGCAGGAUGGGGCCGGGUUUACAAAGACUGGUCACCAGACACUCUCUACGAGACCAAUGUUGCCAUCUACGACCGUGGGUUGUGCAGUCAGUGGUAUUCACAUCUCAAUUAUGGGAAGAUCUGCGCCGGGAGACCCAACGAGCCUGAGGAUUCUUUCACGGUGAGAGCCAGCAGAAGCAGCAAGUGACAGGAUCGGGCGGGGGUUAUAGAUCCCACCCUUCUGAGGGAUCGUUCACUUCUCCAGGAAAAUGGACAUGGGCUUGUAUUCUGCUAAGGGCUCCUUCCCACUUUCGCUUGUCCCUCUGCUUUCCCGGGGGGGGUCACUCCUUAGCGCUCAAUUGGAGCAAUCGCCCAUCAAGCUUUGCAUGGAUUGCUGUUUGUUCCGAUUUAGAACUUAAAUAGUCGGUUUUCCUGGGAAAGGAAGGAGCGGACGAGCCCCAAGUCGUACUGAGAGUAGAUCGACUAGUAACCUGGCAGUUUGCCCUGGUUCAAGAAGAAGAAGAAGAAGAAGAAGAGUUUGGAUUUGAUAUCCCACCUUUCACUCCCCUUAAGGAGUCUCAAAGCGGCUAACAUUCUCCUUUCCCUUCCUCCCCCACAACAAACCCUCUGUGAGGUGAGUGGGGCUGAGAGACUUCAGAGAAGUGUGACCAGCCCAAGGUCACCCAGCAGCUGCAGGUGGAGGAGCGAGGAAUCGAACCCGGUUCACCAGAUUACGAGUCCACCGCUCUUAACCACUACACCACGCUGGCUCACGCUGGUUCAAGCACGAGAGUUGACCACAAUGUGGAUCCAAAUCUUCCCCCAGUUGCCAUCUUUGUUCUCUCUUUCCUCUCCACAGGGAGAUUCGGGUGGCCCCUUAGUGUGUGAUGGCGUGGCACAAGGAAUCGUCUCGUAUGGCAAGCCCUGCCCUCCUGGAGUUUACACUCGAGUCUCCCAGUACCUUGACUGGAUCAAGGAAACCAUGAGGUCCUGAAGAGAAGAGACGUCAGUAACGCUAUAUUUGCUUUUGCUUUCCCAUGCUUGUUCUUGCAUGGAUAACCUGCUUGGCUUGCAUUCUGCAACAAAACACACACACACACACACACACACACACACACACACGUUUCAUACAGGAUGGGGUUUGGGCAAGUUCCUUCACUGCCUCCCAUCCCCUUGAAGAAAAUCCUUCUUUCCACCCUUGUGUGCAUUAAAAUCCUCUUCAGCCUGGUAUAGAUUCGGACGCUGCCUUCUGGGACACCACAGGGUCAGGACUGUGGGAAUUUCUCACCCUGUUCAACAGGAGAUAUUUCAUUUCAGCCCUAGGGGACUUCCUCUGUGCAUUUCCUUGAUGUCCAAAUCACUGGUCUGAGCUCAGGGAUUCCCAGACAAUCAUACAAAAGACCUUGGCACCAAAUGCAUUUAAAAAGGGGGUGUGUGUGUGUGUUAAAAGUUACCAGUUUACCAUUUCACAUGCCAAACUCCUCCAGGCUAAUGGUGGUGGUGAUGUACCAGAGGGACAGAGGGGAAAUUAAAUUCAGCUCAAAGGUAACAUUGAACCUCCCUCAUUCACACUUUCAGGAAUAAGAUUUGAAACACAGCCAUCUUUUCAAAUUCGCCCUCCUCUGAAUUUUGCAGUUUGGCUCUCCAGACAUGUCUAGUGCACAAAAAUGCAGAUACUGGAAUGAGGUGUGUCUGUCAGUGUGCGUAGCAGCGAAAGGAGCCUGCCCCAAAUGCCUUAUUUUGGGGGAAUUGCUUUGCAAAAGAUGUGCUAGUUUGGCAAACUUGCAUGCGACUCUGUAGCUCAAGAGUAAUUCACAAUAAACUGCUAAUGCAUCCACACAAAUGUGGUUUUUUGAAUUGC